CUUCCGAAAAUGAACUUCAGUCUUGCAAAGCGUUGCAGACAAUGGGAGGCUCCUUCCUGCUGCGUUCCUUCAAGUCAUUGCUUGAGAAAAGAUGGACGAUCACGAAUCAAAGAUUGAAGACGGAAAAUCCGUGAAGCGGGGUCCACGCUGUGAGAAGUCGCUUGCCUUCUCUUGCCGGGACGCGCCAUGACGGCGAGAGCCUGCAGGCUCGUUUGGUCUUCGGCGUUGUUAUCGGAUUCUGGGUUUGCCAGGCGAAGAUGGUCGUCGAGUUUCUUUCGUUUCUUCACCCCCACCCUCUCCUCGUCUGGCUUCUGCAGUUCCCGCUCGACCAGUAUCCGCAUUCGAAACGGUGGUUCAAGGUUGCGUGCUACUCUGGCAAGUUCAGUUUCUGAGGAGGCUGGAGAUAAUAUUGACCUGGCCACCACUAUUUAUGAACAAGUUGCUGGAGAUGCUGACUAUCCGGUCUCGAUGUUGGCGGAAGAAGAAGCUCAUGGAAUGGUUAAGGAGAGCCAUCUCUGUGGCUCCAAGAAUGCAGUCGAGGAAUUGCUUGGCAAUGCUGAGAAGGUAAGAGGAUUGAUGAGAAUGGAGAGAAAGCCUGAUUUAAGCAAAGCUGAUGAGCCCGUAGAUAUGUCAUGUAGUCAGUUGGUAGAAGAUGCUGCCGGGAAACGUUGGUUUCCAUAUCUUGAUGCAUUCAGAACAGGGGACACAACGUUGACAUGUGCAGAGAUUCUUGAAUCAAUUGAACCUCGUCUCUUGUAUGCCCGGAAAGAAAGGCUUAAAAAUGUGGUGAAGAAUAGAAGCUACUCUGUCUGUCUUGUGGUUGAGGGGCUUACAGACUUUGGAAAUGUGUCUGCUGCAUUUCGUUCAGCAGAUGCACUUGGGUUUCAGUCAGUUCACGUGAUCUCCAGAGAUAGCUCAAAAAGGUAUAGAGAGAAUCGAAAUGUUAGUAUGGGAUCAGAGAAAUGGUUGGACCUUGAGCUUUGGAACUCAACUCAAGACUGCUUCAAAGUGUUAAAGUCACGUGGAUAUCGAAUUGCCACAGCUUGUGUUGGAACUGAUGUGGUUUCCAUUCAUGAUAUAGACUGGACCAUUCCAACUGCUAUAGUUGUUGGAAAUGAGCAUAGUGGCAUUAGUGAAGAGGCAGGACAACUAGCUGAUUUGCAUUGUUGUAUCCCUAUGAUGGGCAUGGUUGAUUCUUUCAAUGUUUCAGUUGCUGCCGGUAUUAUCAUGCACCAUGCAGUUCGUGACAGGAGUGCCCGUUUGGGUUUCCAUGGGGAUCUUACUCCUGAAGAAAGCAAGAUAUUACUUGCAGAGUUCUAUCUUCGUCACAGGAAAGAUUCUGUCAGUAUUGCCCAUGAGUUUGCAAAACGAAAGUUGGUCCAGCAGAUGGCUAAACUGUAGUCUUCACAGUUCUGUAUUGUUCUGAAAGAAAAUUUUCAAUGUAACAGCCUAAUUAUGCUUAAGAGCCUCAAUUGCUUUGCCAUUUUUGUUAUCAAUGUCUUUGUGACAUAUUGAUUACCUAGCUUCUUUAAUCUGUGUGUAUUAUCAUUUAGUGUUAGCAUAUACUUUUGUAUAUCAAUGAAUUGAAGGUUUAAAACUUAGCUUUAUGAUCAAUCUAACAUCUGGUACA